UGGGGUAACACCCGUCUGUCGAUCAGGGGAGGAGAAGAUUGAUCGGACGGUGGAGGAAGCAACGUGGUGCUUGGACUAGACCUCAUCUCUUAUCAACGUUGAAACGAAAAUUCCAGAGCGAGUGCUCCAAUCCUGCUAAGUUGAACUGAAUUUCAAAAGCUUGUGCAAUUCGACUACUGAAGAACAAGCGCAGAUUCAUUCAUAACAUUACCUAUCCUUCAUCGUAGGCAUGUCAAUCACAGCAAUAGCAACAGUAAAGGCGCCGGCAAUAGAUAGAGAUGUGAUUUUCAUGUUCCGAGGAGUACGAUGCUCUGAUUCUCAGCCGAGAAAACGAGGUUUCGGUUCCAAAAAUGACAAGACAAACAAAGUUAACACGUCAAGGGAGCAGAAGGGUAUGGUCUCACAACAAAGGAAAUCAACAAUUCAACAAUCUGGCCCUAUGCCUGUCCGUGCCCCUGGUUUAAGUUCUCAAUUUAAUUCAAGUUCAAAAAAUAUGCCCAUGGACACUGAAUUUGAGGGAAAGCUGGAAGCAGUUAGAAGGUCAGCUCUUGAGCAGAAAAAGGAAGAAGAAAAGCAAACAUUUGGAGCAAUAGACUAUGAUGCACCAGUUGAGUCAGAGGAGAAGGCAGUCAGUCUUGGUGCUAAGAUUGGAGUAGGAGUAGCUGUUGUGGUCUUUGGUUUGGUUUUUGCCCUUGGAGACUUUCUCCCCUCUGGAAGUGAUAGUCCCACUGAAGAAACUGCAGAGGUCAAUAAAAAAUUGUCCAAAGAAGAGAAAGAUACUCUUCAGAUAAGGCUGACACAAUAUGAACAAAUGCUUACUGCUUCUCCAAAGGAUGCAACGGCCUUGGAGGGAGCUGCAGUAACAUUGGCCGAACUAGGAGAGUAUUCUCGGGCUGCCUCUCUGCUUCAGGACUUGACAAAGGAGAAACCAAGCGACCCUAACGUUUUCCGUUUGCUUGGAGAAGUUAAAUAUGAACUCAAGGAUUAUGAAGGAAGUGCUGCUGCUUUUAGGAGUUCUUCUAUGGUAUCUGAAAACAUCAAUUUUGAAGUUUUGCGUGGCCUUACAAAUGCUUUACUUGCUGCUAAGAAACCAGAUGAGGCUGUUCAAGUUCUCCUUGCAACUCGUGAAAGUCUGAGAACAGAAAUGUCUAAUGGGGACAAAGAGGCGGACAGUGAGAGAGAAAAAACUGUAUCACAGGUGGACCCAAUCCAAGUUGAAUUACUUCUUGGAAAAGCCUAUUCUGACUGGGGCCAUGUCAGCGAUGCGGUGUCUGUCUAUGAUGGUUUAAUAUCAAGUCACCCUGAAGACUUCCGGGGUUAUUUAGCAAAGGGGAUCAUUUUGAAAGAAAAUGGUAAAGUUGGAGAUGCCGAGAGAAUGUUUAUUCAAGCACGGUUUUUUGCACCAGAAAAGGCCAAGGCACUUGUCGACCGUUAUUCAAAACGUUGACCAUUGAUUUUACUGCUGGUGUGUUUGCCAACAUGUGACAUAUUCAAGUCAUCUGAAAUUAUUUCACUUUCCAAUUUCAUAAAUGCUGUUGAAGCCUAGAAAGAUGUAAAGAACUCCUUGGCCACCUGACUGAUAUCCAGAUAUAAUUUCAGCAGCAUCAGGAGAAAGGAGGCAAACUUCCCGGGUCCAAGAAAAAGUUGGUACCUCAGUCGGGAUGGAUAUGGGGGCUUGUAAUGACUUCUACACUAUACUAAAUGUUGUAUGCACGCUCUUCUUAGACCCACCUUUACUGCAGAAGCUUUGCAUAUCAGGUGCUGUUUUCUUGUUUGUAUGCAUAUAUAGAGUGAAUAGUGAACGCUUUAAGUUAGGGAUCCGUGUACCAAGCUUUUACAUUGAAAUUCUAGCUGAAACUCCAACAGUUCUAUGAUACCUGAACUCUUCAACAUACCCUGCCAUACCUGUGUCGACACUAUAUGAUUAUGGGUAACGUAUCCGUGUUGGGUUCUCUAAAAAUUUUUUGGGUACUUAA